AUGAACAUUGAACAAACUGAUUUACUUUUAGAAUACCAAAAACAAAUUUUAACAGAAAUAGUCGAAGAAGAUGGAUUAUUAGUGAUUAGCCGUGGUUUAGGAUUAAGAAUAAUAAUAUGUUCCUUAUUGAAAAUUUACUCGCAAAGAAAGAAUUUGGUAAUUCUGUUAAAUACACCUUCAAAAGAAGAAUUGAGCAUUAAAGAAGAAUUAGCACAAAUUGGCAUUAGUAAACCUGGGCUCAGAAUUGUUAAUAAUGAAAUGAGCGCUAAAGAAAGAAUUCUUAUAGUUGAUCUUUUGACCAAGAAAAUCCCAACUCAUUUAAUAACCGGAAUAAUUGUUAACCAUGCUGAAAGAAUAAAUGUAACAUCUACUGAAGCAUUUAUACUAAGAAUAUUUAGGCAAGAAAAUAAAGAAGGAUUUAUCAAGGCAUUUUCAGAUUCACCAGAGACAUUUAUUUCAGGAUUUUCACCACUUCAAACAACAUUACAGUUACUUCAAUUAAGAAAAGCAUUUUUAUGGCCAAGAUUUCAUGUUUUGGUAAGGGAAUGUCUUGAAGAAAAAAAUUUUCAGGUGAUAGAAUUACAACAAUCACUAUCAGAAUCAAUGUUUGAUAUUCAAUCUGCAAUUCUAGAAUGUAUUGGAGCUUGCAUUUCCGAAGUUAGGAAAUCCACUUCUUCAAUUGAUUUUGAAGAAUUUACAAUUGAGAAUGCAUUAUUUAAGUCAUUUGACAUAAUAAUAAGACAACAACUUGAUCCAGUUUGGCAUAGAGUUAGCAUGAAAACUAAACAAUUAGUUAAUGAUCUUAAAACUUUAAGAAAACUAUUAACUUAUCUUGUAAGUUAUGAUUGCGUGAGUUUCAAUAUAUUCCUUGAAACAAUCUUAGCAAGUCAAGCACCAACUUCCUCAUUGGAUACUGAACAACAAUCUCCUUGGAUAUUCUUGGAUGCUGGCGAAACAAUAUUUUCUAUGGCAAAAAAACGUGUAUUUAUUCGUAAUAAGCCAACUUCAAAAAUUUCAGAAAAAACCAAUUCUGUAAUAGAAAUAACAGAGGAAUCAACAGAGGAGUCAACAACAACAACGACAAAAGAAUUAUUAGAACAAAUUAGAUUAUUGGAGAAUCCAGAGUUUCCACCAGGAAUUGAACCUGGAAGAGGUGGUCCAUUAUUGAGAAGAUUGUUAAAGAACUAUUUUAGAUGGAAAACUGAAAUUAGCAAAAUGAGGAAAACCGAUCCCCAAAAACGUUAUCAACGAGGUAUACAACCAUAUAAUAAGAGACGUCGUAUUCGUGGUGGUGCUAGUGGCGGCACAUCAUCAAGUAAUUUUAUAAGAAAUAAUAGUGCAGAUAUUAUCGAGGAAGAAGCAAGAGAAAUUGCACACUUUAUCAAUUCUAAUAUGCCUUCAGGACCAUCUGGAACAAAUGCUUCUUCAUCAAAUAUCAAAGACAGUGAUGAUGACAACAACAACAAUAAUGACGAUGUUGAGGAAGAAGAGACAUUCUCAAAUCAUAAUAAUGAUGUGUUAAUGACAUCUUAUAUUGAUGUUGAUGAUGAGCUUGAUGCUAAAGCCUUCUCAAAAUAUUUUGGAUUAGUACCACUAGAAUCAUUAAUUCUUAUCAGACCAAUUUUAGGUGAUGAUGAUGAUAAAAUGCUACAAGCAAUUAAACCUAGAUAUGUUAUAAUGUAUCAUCCAGACCAGGGAUUUAUUAGACGUUUAGAGGUUUUUAAAGCAAGAAAUCCAGAGCUUAGUUGUAAGGUGUAUUUUAUGAUUUAUGAAAAUUCUGUUGAAGAACAAAGAUAUUUAAGUUCCAUAAGAAGAGAAAAGGAAGCUUUUGAAAAACUUAUUCGUGAAAAAUCAAUGAUGGUAAUACCAUUGGGACGAUCAAUACCAACUUCACGAAAUAUUAAUGAUUUACUAUCAUUGAAUUCUGUAAAUACUCGUAUAGCUGGUGGUGGUAACAUUGAUAAUAAUAACUUGGUAGUAAAGCAAAAAAAGGUUAUAAUAGAUGUUCGAGAAUUUCGUUGUUCGUUACCAUCACUGCUUAAUGCACGUGGCAUAGAAGUAUUGCCAUGCACAUUACAAAUUGGUGAUUAUAUUUUAUCACCGAAUAUCUGUGUUGAAAGAAAAUCUAUUUCAGAUUUAUUUAGUUCUUUUAUUUCUGGAAGAUU